AUGUCUGAAAGAAAGAAUGAACUAAAUCAGAUUUUGCUAAGGAUUGUCGGGGCCGCUCUAUUUAAUAAUUUUGAAGAAGUUGGAAUCCUGAUUAGAGAUGCCUCAACUAAACUGGAAAAUGGGAGAGCAGAAUUAGACGAGGAAACUGUUGAGCAGCUUCAAUCGUCACUGGCAUCCAUAUCAAGACUUGCCAGAGACAUGAGGAAUAUUCCAGUAAAUUCUGGCUACAAAGCUGAUAGACCUAAGACAGAGAAUCUUUUAAGACGUCUUGGUCCAGAAGGGUGUGUUGAAAGAUGGUCUACGGCAGUACACAGAAGAAGGUACAGCGUACCAACACCAAAUCAUCUAUGGCACAUGGACGGAAACAUGAAACUCAUCAGAUGGGGAUUUGCUACACAUGGUUGCAUUGAUGGUUUCAGUCGAUUCAUCACCUUCCUGAGAUGUGGUAUUAACAACACUGCAUCUACUGUGCUACAGCUUUUUGUGUUCGCGUGCUGUUCGUAUGGUGUACCAAGCAGAGUCAGGUCAGAUCAUGGUGGAGAAAACACCAAAGUUGCUUUGUUUAUGAAUUUGAUCAGGCAAAGAACUAGCCACAUCACAGGCAAGUCGGUGCACAAUCAGAGGAUUGAGAGGCUAUGGAGGGACAUGUAUACCCAGGUAACCUCCAAAUUUUAUAAUGAGUUCUGUCAGAUGGAAGAGGACCCAGUGAUAAAUUUGGACCCAGACAACAUGAUCCACCGUUCGGCCCUACAAUAUGUUUAUUUGCCAGCAAUAAACAGAAGUCUGGAAGAGUUCAGAAAUGGCUGGAAUGGCCACAAGAUUAGGUCUGAGGGACACAUGUCCCCAUCACAAAUAUGGAUGUCGGGAAUGUUGGAUAACAUGAGCUCGGGAUAUACACCAACAUCCGAAUUAUUUGGGGUAAAUCCAAGCAUUGGAGAUAGACUGGAUAGUGGUCUACAAAGAUUUGGUCUUACUUUAGAUGAUGUUCACUAGCUGUUCCAGAAGUUCUAAUUGAAAUAAUGGAUAUCAUCGAUCAGGAACUCAGUAAUAAACAAAAAUUUAGGCUAUGUACAGAGGUGCUGGUGAGACAAAACUGAAAUGCUAAAGGCCAAAGAAAUUAAAAGAAAGCAAAAUGAUUCA